AUGAUCGACCGCUACCGUUCAAAUUUGCGCCGGACGCGGCGCUAUGCGGAUCCCUUCGGAGAGGAAGGGGCGGCCUCCGACCGAGACGUUUACGUCAGAUGGUUGGGUCUGCGGUGCAAAGAACGCACUUUGUUCGUGGUUGGUCUCACCCUGGCUGGCAUCAUGGUGGCUCUUUUGGUCGCCAAGUCGCUGCUGGAUGGUCGCGUGUCUUGGCUCCCCACCGGCGUGCUAUGGUUCGAGAUCGGGUUCCUGACCUGUAUCGUACUGAUGAGUCUCACGGCCUGCAGCAUGUUCAUUUGCGGUUCCAUCGCCGUGAGGCGCCAUAUCCGCAACAUGAACGCCCAAAUCGCUCGUUGGGACGACGCGACACCUGAAGAGGUCGAGGCAAUCGUCCGCGAAUCGGACCGUAGACUCAACCGGCGCGUUUUUUGGCGCGUCCUGUUUUGGCUGGUUGCCAUGUUGGCGCUGUUCGCGCUUUUCGGGACCACGUUGCUGUUCCCUUGGGGAGGCACGGCGGCCUUCGUCGCGAGUGUGAUCACCGUCGUAGCCGCCACCGCCGUCUGGAGUUGGCGGGGCAGCCGGAUUUUGUCGUUUGCAAACCGAUGGGUGAAGCCCUCUCCGCGAGGGUAG